AUGAAUGGCACCUAUCGCUACGAUCAUGACUUCCAUGAAGAGACGAUAGAGAUGAAUGCCCGUCACGGCAAUAACCCUUAUGUGUACCAGCAACAGCAAUACUCGCAACCGCCCAGUCCCUACUAUGAGACUCACCACCACCAUUACGGAUCCCAACCCAUGUCGCCCAUGCGACCGUCUCGCCCGCCAUCAGACGAGUACGGCGCCCCAACAGGAUGGCCAUUGCCCGCGCCGUCGUUCGUGCAUAGUCCUUAUGAUUCCCGAUCCGCUUCUCCCUCGUUGCAGCAAAUCGACCAGAGCAACCAGUCUCUAACCAACCUCGUCACUCAUCCGUCGUCUCCCGUCUUCGCGAAGGACUGGGUGCAGCCGGGCUCGAUCGCCCGCAUCUCUGACCGAGACGACAUCGACACUUGGAAAGGGUGGAAGCGCUUCCUCUUUAAAUUCGUUCCACUCUUCACCUUCGCUAACUCAGGGUUGUACCUCUUCUACCUGGGUCUGCGCGUCUUCUGCGUGGUCGCGGCCCAGAAGGCUGCGGGCGAGAGCUAUGCCGCCGCGUGGGUGUUCAUCGCGAUCGAGAUCGCGGUAGCGAUCCCCUCCCAGCUGCACAACUGCUGGACCAUGAUGGCUAUGAAGAAGAGAGGGCGACCAAAGCUGCGACUGAUGGGUGAUGAUGUCCCCAUGGUGGAUGUCUUUGUCACCUGCUGCGGAGAGGAGGAUGAGGUUGUUCUUGAUACCGUCCGUGGCGCGAUCGACCAGGAUUACCCCAGCCACCGGUUCCGGGUUAUCGUACUGGACGAUGCUAAGUCGGCAACGCUCGAGUAUUCCGUCAAACAGCUCGCCCUGGCCCAUCCCAACGUGCUCUAUAUGGCUCGCGAGAAGAUCCCCGGCAAGCCACACCACUUCAAGGCGGGCAAUCUCAACUACGGCCUAGACCAGGUGCGGUUUUUGCCGGGAGGACCAGGCGAGUACAUGGCAGCUCUCGAUGCGGAUAUGAUUCCGGAGCAGGAAUGGCUGCGUGCCGUUCUCCCCCACCUGGUUGCCGAUCCCAUGAUGGCCCUUGCAUGCCCACCCCAGCUGUUUUAUAAUACUCCGCUCUCCGAUCCGCUCGCGCAGAGCUUGGACUUUUUCGUGCAUGUCAUCGAACCCAUCAAGGAUGCGCUUGGUGUGGCCUGGUGUACUGGGUCUGGGUAUAUCUGUCGGCGGGAGGCUCUCGAUCAGAUCGGUCAUUUCCCGCUGGGUUCUUUGGCCGAGGACGUUGCCACAUCUACGCUGAUGCUGGGUAGGGGUUGGCGAACGGCAUACAUCCACGAGCCGCUUCAGUUUGGUACCGUUCCUGAGGACUACGGUGGCCACCUGAAGCAGCGAACGAGAUGGGCUAUCGGAACCGUGGACACUGCUUUCAAGCUGAAGUUUUGUCUCUGGGGUGAUGCCGUCAAGAAGAUGACCGUGGCCCAGCGCUUCUCGGGGUUCCUCUACGCUACGCUCAGUUUAUAUACAAUCUUGGUCACGGCAUCUCUCUUCGCGAUCCCCAUCAUUCUGUUGUGGGGUAAGAGACUGGUUGCCUAUGCGAACGAGGAACAGCUGCACUGGCUCAUCUGGGCUUGUUUCGCGGCCAGCAUCAUGAACCGCCUCUGCGAGUUUGUCCUGUUCAGUCCCGCGGGCUACCACACCGGACAGCGUGGUGCUCGAUACCAAAUGUGGAUGUCGCCUUAUAUUGCGCUGUGCAUUAUCCGGUCCUUCAUUCUGCCCCGGUGGCUUGGCGGCCAGACACAGGCCUUCAAGCCCACUGGAUCCUUGGGUUCAACCCUCAACGAGCGAGACCCGAAACAACGGCGGCCCAUGUUCGUUCGGUUGCCCGUGCUCUUGUUCAACUAUAUGGCUGUUUUCCAUCUGGUCUUUGUCUACGUCACUCUAGCAGCGGUCGUCGUCUCGACCUACCGGUGUUUUGCCCUGAACAGCGAUUUCAAGGGGAUCGUCCUGUGUCUGAUCACCCACGCCUUCUGGCCACCGAUGGUCUUCCUGUUCAUCUGCACCUCCCUUUGGACCCCUCUCUCGUACAUGAUCGAUCCCCCGAACAUGCCAGACCGCGAGGAUCUGUUGAUCCGAGACCCCAAGACAGGGGUUGCGCACCCGACUGCGAGAAGCAAGAAGAUCGGGUUCGGUGGCCAGGCCGCCUGGUUUGAGCUGGAGUACUCUCUCUCCACGGUGGCCACGACGUUGGUAUUUUUCUCUUUAGGGCAUCCCGAAAAGGCGGUGGCAAAGGCGGUGAAGAUAUCUUAUCUGAGGCACAGCCUCUCUGACACUCUCUUUCUCUCGUCAUUGCACCGUCAGUUGCUCGAGUUAUUGUCCGAGAAGAUGGUUCUGCGAUGGAUCGUCAACUUCGGCCUCCUGGCCAUCCCAAUUGGGGGUACCAUCGGCGCCAUCCUGGGCAUUGAAGCCCACCGCCAGGCAAACGGACAGGCUCCUCUUUUCGCUGGCAGCGGCGACAAUGGUGGCUCUGGCUCUGGAUCUGGAGGCAGCAGCACUGGUUCUUCUGGGAAUACCGGUACUCAUUUCACUGAUAACGGGGUCACCAAUUCGCGUUAUUGCAACAAGUCACUUGGUAUUCCCCCGGAGUCGAAGGGACAGCAGUUUACAUUUAAUCCAAAUCAGUGGGGCGUCACAUCUAGCACAGUUGGAGGUUUAUGUAUGAAUAUCACAACCUUCGACAACAUGACCUACGCAACGAAAUACACCGCCCCAGCGUUCUCCGCAUCCUGGAUCUAUGAGCCCGCCGCCGGGGACCAGCCCACGCACGCAUACCCCAACGUCAUGGUCGACAACGUCUUCCCCGUCGAGCUGCAGCAGAUGUCAGGUAUCAACCUUGAUUUCCAUUGGACGUACGGCAUGGGCAACAGCACCGCCGCGUCGACCGACCUCGCUACUCUCAACGCCGCUGAUUUUAAUGGCAACGUUGCUAUCGAUAUGUUUUUCGACUCCGACUCCACCACCGCUCAGGACAGCCUGAAGGCCAAUUACGAGGUUAUGAUCUGGUUUGCGGCGUUCGGGCCCUCCACUAUGCCCCUUGGGUAUCAGAAUGUGGUGGCCCGUCAUGUGUUGGACGGGACGACAUUCGAGCUCUUCAGCGGCACAAACGGCAACGGCCAAACCGUCCUCACGUGGAACGCGACCCAGAUUGCGGAAACAUUUAACGGGGACAUCUCGCCACUCAUCACGGAUCUGUAUAACCUGGGUGCAGACGGGUACCCGAAGAAAACGGAUUAUCUGGGGGUGUUCCAGUUAGGCUCAGAGGCGUUUUCGUCGAAUGACUGGGCAACAUUUUCGGUGCCGACUCUUUCGGUUGACAUACAGGUUUAG